AUGGUCAACAGACACAAUAAUUCGGACUUGCAUCAAAUUGAAAGAUGCGUAGACGUAUGGCGUGACAAAUUAAGAUGUCACAUGGCAAUUAGCGCGUACGCGGACGUAACACACCAGAAAUUGAUUGAAAAGGUGGAACAAUAAAAAUUGAAACAAUUUAAUCUUUCAAAGUCCAUUUUGUUUCUUUCAUUUGUACUUUGAUCUUACAAGUUACCUUAAAAGAUUCUUCCAAAUAAUAAUAAUUCAAAAUCUUUUGCAGACAUUAAUUCUUAAUUUUCUCCCCUUUUUCGAAAACCCCAAUCUCCAUAAUCCUCAAAAUUUCCAAUUUUCUUCAUUCAAUUUCUCAAUUAAAGUAAGCCAUGAUGAUGUUAGUAAAUUGUUCGAAUUGUCAUACCCCAUUACAGCUACCGCCCGGUGCGCGAUCCAUUCGUUGUGCUGUUUGCCAGGCAGUAACACAGUUGGCUGACCCACGCGCUGUUCCUCCACCGUCGCCUCAUCAGUACAACCACCCACCACCAGCUGCGGCACCUCCGUCACCGUACAGCCACGCGCCACCUGGACCACCACCGAAUGCUCAUGGGAGAAAGAAAGCCGUGAUUGUUGGUAUAUCGUAUAGGUAUUCUAGACAUGAGCUUAAAGGGUGUCUUAAUGAUGCUAAAUGUAUGAAAUAUUUGUUGAUCAACAAGUUCCAGUUUCCGGAGGCGUCUAUUCUUAUGCUCAAUGAAGAGGAAACCGACCCAUAUAGAACUCCGACUAAACAGAACAUACGCAUGGCAUUAUAUUGGCUUGUACAGGGAUGCCAACCAGGAGACUCGCUACUCUUUCAUUAUUCUGGUCAUGGCUCAAGACAAAGGAAUUACAAUGGAGAUGAAGUGGAUGGAUAUGAUGAAACUUUAUGUCCCUUAGAUUUUGAAACUCAGGGUAUGAUUGUUGAUGAUGAAAUCAAUGCAACAAUUGUCAGGCCUCUUCCUUACGGAGUAAAACUUCAUGCCAUAAUAGAUGCUUGCCACAGCGGAACUGUUUUAGACCUUCCAUUCCUUUGUAGAAUGAGCAGGAGCGGACAAUAUGUAUGGGAAGAUCAUCGUCCCCGUUCUGGUGUCUGGAAAGGAACUAAUGGUGGUGAAGUUUUCUCUUUUAGUGGUUGUGAUGAUGAUCAAACUUCUGCUGAUACAUCUGCGCUUUCAAAAAUAACUUCAACUGGUGCUAUGACUUUCUGUUUCAUUCAAGCUAUUGAGCGCGGUCAUGGAGCCACAUAUGGAAGUAUAUUGACUGCAAUGCGAAAUGCCAUCCGACAAGCUGGUGGAAGUUCAGGGGGUGACUUUGGUGGGGGUGCUGUCACAUCUCUCAUCUCGAUGCUUUUGACUGGUGGUAGUCUCAGUAUUGGCGGAGGCUUUAGUCAGGAACCCCAGUUAACCGCUUGCCAGCCAUUCGAUGUGUAUGCGAAGCCAUUUUCAUUGUGAAACUCCUCGUACCCUCUUGCCCCCUUCCCCUAUUUGGUGUGUUUGGAUUUGGAUUUGGAUUCUUUGUGAAGAGAGUAAUUUCAUCGGCUUCUAUAAUAUGCUGCUUAUGCAUGAGAAUGCAAAUAGCUUUCAGAUGGAAAGCUUACUCUAAUGAAAUUCUUGUCAAAAUAGCUGGCCCUCAACUGUUGCAAUAUCUACAGAUUUACUGAAUUUGUUCAUUAAUAUAGCUGUGAGAUGUGACUCCUUGUCUUUUUGGUUC